AUGGACGACGAUGAAGUGCACUCGAAUCCCGAGAAGGUUCCCCCUCCGACGCUUUUUGAACGAGAGAGCGCGGAAAGAAGAAGUGGAAGAAAAUCAAAGGCGAAGAAAAGCGACUCGUACGAAUCGGUAAGAAUUAUUUGGAAAGGUUGUGGUUGAAUUGCUUUUAUGCAGUACUCUCCAGCGGACAUCAUCGCGUUCAUCAAAAUGAUUGAAGCUUACCCUGUUAUCUGGGACUCUGGCGAAGAGAACUAUCAUCGGAAAGAAGUGAAGCUCCGAAUUUUCGAUCAACUCGAGCAAUCGUGCUCCCGUUUUAUGCCGCGAGGCCGACAACAUGGUGACGAUCUACGAAAAAUCAAUAAAGUAGAACGUUUAUUUUGUAGGUGCUUGCGCUAUGGAAAGAUGGAAGGAGUUGAAUGCGGAUUACACAAAACACGUGCUUAAAAUUCAGAAAGCACCGUCUGGUUCCGGCACUACUUCUUCUACUUUCCCGUACGCGACACACAUGGCCUUUUUGGACGUCGCACGGAGCAAAAGAAGUGUUCAGAAGUUGGAAUUGUUUCAUAAAUUCUCUAAAAUUAAUGGUUUUACAGUUCCUUCGUUGUUGGAACGGAUGACGUCCAAAUUAUCGGAACACCGAAGAGAAAAAUGGAGGAUUUGUCGAUUUCGACUUCAAAAAGAAAGAAGACAGGUAGAGCCCGUGAUUUUAGACGGUUUUCUACAUUUCACCGUUUCAGGAAUGAUUGACAUAAUGCUGGCGGAAAUGAAAGCGACAAAUGAGCAGAUCGCGAGUAUUCUCAUUGCGGACAGUUCUACGGAUAACGGCAACGGUCCCUCGUGCAAAUCAUCAAGGAUUUGUAAAGUGUUCGACCAACACGUGCGCGAGUUGAGCGAGAUCGAACGAUACGAAUCGGAAGCAGCCGUGGUGUCUUUCAUUGGUACUCUCUCGAGACGCCACAGACCACGAGCAGAUCUCGGACUGAACAGCUUGUCGGACUCGUUUUACGACUCUCCCGCCUCCUUUCCGUCGAGCUCAUCGUUCCCUAAUAAUUACUGA